AUGGAGCGCCCAGACAGAGACCUGAGUCUUGCAGCAAAAAUCCCAAACAAUGAUGAAACGGAUAUCAAUGUUGAAAAGGCAUGGUCUCCACCAGUCGCGAACCCAUCAGAUGAUGAAUAUCCAAGAACUAUAAACUAUCAAGGAAGUGAUUAUCUCAUGCCACCAUCCCUGUCUUCCGACCAUUCCUCUUUUCGACAAAUGUGUUAUCAACAUACCAUCCCUACCGGUGUUCCUCGUGAUGAACCAAUUGCACCAAAUGAUCAAACUAAUGGAUCAUACUCACCACACCUCUUCGGAAAUGAGCUUUCUCGUCCCAUCACCUCCAAUUCCAAUUCAAAUCCAGUGGAUUUACAAGUCUACGAGGAGGAAUCUAAUACUCCUUCAGGUGCCUCUGCUGCAAACGGUGGACGAAGAAAGCGUAAACCCUACACCCGACACCAAAUUGAGGUUUUAGAGGCAAUAUUCCAGAAAGAGAAGUACAUCGGUUGCAAAAGGCGAAAAGAAAUAGGUGAAGAAUUGAGCUUGUCUGAGAGACAGGUUAAGGUGUGGUUCCAAAAUCGGCGAAUGAAGGCCAAGAAACAAAGAUCAAAGGAAAAACGCAAUAUCAAUAAUGGGUCUGUUACCGAUGAGGACAUAAACCAAGAUGGUCCUAGUAAUUCACCUUUAUUCGACAAUCCGUCUCCAUUAAAAAUUGGAACUUCACCACAAGGAGUACACCACACUGAAACACCACCUACCCUGCCACCUUCGCUGCCUCCCUAUUGUUCCACUUAUCAAAAUUCUCCCUUCCAUGUUAUGCCUACCAACGACUAUGCGCCAACAAACAUGUUUUGUCCCACUAUGCCUUCCGACCAACAGCCUCCACACUUUCAAUACAACGCCAUAAAUACUGCCUAUUUAAGCUUGAAUAGCAGUCCAGGAGUUAAUAACGCUCCAAGAGAAAUCACUCCUGACAGUGAUCGAUCUCAUGGUGGCCUACUCCCACCAAGUAUGAAUGGGAUGGGCAGAAUUCCAGAUGUAAUAUCUCGCCAGUUAGUAAACACUAAUGACAGUGAAGAUCCCAACCAAAUUAAUUUCAACCAACUACCUCAACAGCCACCACCGCCACAGCCGUCACAAUCUCUUCCAGCACAAUUACCACUGACACUACAACAGCAAAGUUCCUAUCUCAGCCCUGCUCCAACAGCAGGAAAUAUCGAAAUCAAUGGUGGCCAUAGUACCCCUCCAGUGGCACAUGCCAACACAACAUACUCUGGAAUGAUGGAAAACACCAAUGAAACCAAUCGGAAUUAUGAAAUGAUAUACUCUGAUUACCUUCAUGGAACGACUUUUUCAUAUUCACCUCCUGCACCUAGUUACUUACAUGAAGCUAACUCGAGGAUGAAUAUUCAGCCCAAUGCAAAUAUGCAAUUCACAAGCUUUCGACCAUCGCCUGAUUACUUAUCACCAAAUGUGUAUGUACAAUCACCGUUGCAUCCACUCAACGACUACGUCUCAUCGCAGCCAAUAUUUCUCCCGAAUUCGGGCUCUCAUAAUCUUUACUAA